AUGCAGGCGGAGGUGAGCCCGGUUGAGAUAGCAGCUGUGUGGCUGCACAAGGCGACGAAAGGGAGUGACAAGUGGCUCGAUUGCUGUUCGCGUCGCCAGCUGCAGUACUACAUGCUGCGGAGGAAGCUUCGGCCACUCACUCUGGCUGUGAAGCAUAUCUACUUGUUGCUCGCCAUCUUUGAGGAGCCCUCGUGGUGCUUGGCAGAGAGUUCUGAUGCUGAGGAUGGCGUGUGUCUUGACAAGCCUGGGCUCUACAGCUGGAACCUGCACAUCUUGCCAAAGCACGUAUCGAACAGCAUCGAACUGCUCUGCCUGUGUUACUUGGUGAUGGCGUUCUGGAUGCGCAGCCAGUCAG